AUGGCUUCAUCUGAAAGCAAUUCAAACCAGACACCGUCCUCCAAUUCACAAUCCCAGGGAGGUCGAGCCGGAGCAAAAUGGAGCGACGAAGAAGAAACAUGGCUUGUCAUAAAUAGCAUGAGAGAUGUGACUAUUGCCUGGCUCACUGAGAACUUCCCAGGCCGAACUAGGGGUAAAAAUGGCAUUUCUGGCCAUCUGAACGACAUGCGCCUACGCAGCCACUUGUCGCGCAAAUGGCGUAACAAGACCUGGGAAGAUGAGCCAGCCUAUACCAUGCGUGAAGAUGUAGAGAUCAUGCAAUGGCAUGUCGGAGGUCGCCGCCAUGUUGAUACAGAGAUAUUUGUGCCCAACCAGCGUGCGGGAGGGAGUGUAAUCGCUAGAGCGGAUUACCUCUGUCAAGACGAGGAACUGGUGCGCAGGGUUAAGGAGGCGGAAGAGGCAGCGCAGGCAGCACUGGAGGCGAGGGACGAAGCUAGCUAUAAUGUUGAGCAUCCCACCGACGAUGAUCCAGCCGAUCACGAUGCGCUGGGAGAAGCUACUAGGAUUCUCCAUAGAGAGGAAGAUGAAAAUAUGGUCACGAUCUGUGAAGCGAUAUCUCGCUCACUUGCGGCGAGAGGGGAGCACCACGAGGACGAGGGUCGGGAUGUUGACAAGGAGGACAGUGAAGACAAUGAUAGUUAA